UGAGGAGGGACGGAUGUGUGUGUGUGUGUCAUCCUCGCUGCCAGUCUCUCUCCGCUGCCCCACGCCACCGCUAUCCCUCUACACGUCUCCACACGCCCUCACAACGCCCCCACGCCCUCACACCCUGACGACGCCACACCAAUCCAUCCUGUAGCCCUGUGAGCCGCCAGACACCACACCACAAACCCACACCAUCCUCACCACCACGUCCCUGCACUGCAUCAUCACAGCCACACUCAUCACACUCCUCCUCACAACACCAUAUCACUUCACUCACCUUUUCAAACAUGCACUCACUUCAUCAUCCCAUAUCACCGUAGAAUCAAUACAUCACUACACUUCGCACACCUCAUCACCAUAAUCAUCACCGCAGCACUAACACAUCACCAUACCUAGUCUCGUCACCAUCACCACACUUCUCAGACCUCAUCAUCAUCCAAAUCACCAUCAGAUCAUCAUACUCAUUCACUGUCUGGUCACCCUCACCACACUUAUCACACAUCAUCACUAUCAUUCUCAGCUAAACAACAAUACGUACGUCAUCACAACUUCAAUAGUCAUCACCAUCACCACCUCCGCUCCUCUUUAAUGUUUCCUGCACCUCCUUAAUUCAUCACCGUCAUCACCACAAAGACAUCCUCACCACCACCACCACCAUCACCACCACUAUCACCAUGACACUCCCUCAAUAAUGGUGUGACGCUAUUAUGGUGCUUGCAAACGUGUAUGGGGAUCCACCAUUAGAAUCAUAUAUGUGGGAAAAAAAAGUUAGAAAAUAUUGAGAAAAAUGUUGCAAGACAGAAAAUACGAGAGGUGGCAAACUGCGACUUUUCAAAACGAAGUGAGAAAAGAAUAAAAAGAAGAAGAAGAAGAAGAAGAAAAGGAAGAAAAAGAAGAAGCAAAAGAAAAGAAACAAUGAACAACAACAAUGAAGACACAGAGCCUCCCCACCUGCUUCCCUGCUUGACGGCGACGCGACCACGCCCACCCAGGAGCCACAAGCCCUCCAACUGCAGUCCCCUCUCGCCCUCCCUCACGCCCUCCUACGACAGCUCGAAUCUCUUUGAUGAUGACCAGCUCGCCGCCUUCUUCCCCACCUUCCCCGCCCUUCCACUGCCUCACGAGCCCUCCCAGGCCACCUCCACCUGUGAAACCAACGGCGACUCCAUAGACAGGUGUCCCUUGGCUGUGGAGGAAAAUGUCAACUCUGAUGAGGGCCUUCUUCCUCCUCCCGCCAGAGUGGAGGAAGCAGAGGGAGAAGAGAGGCGGGAGGAGAUGGAGGGGACGCAGAGGAACGAGGAGGAGGAUGGCGUAGGGGACGACAAAGAAGGGGAGGAGGAUGGUGUACCUGCUUCCUGCUCGCUAGAGGACGAGGGUGAUGAUGGUGUUUUCAACGGAGCCGAGGCAUGCGGAACCUCCACGAACGGCGAAGAGCCACAGACGAAGGACCGCCGGAACUCUCCCCUCGGCCCAUCCUCCCCAUGUGGCCCGCUGCGUCUCCUCCUCCCGCCCCCUGCCCUUAGUCCCCCCUCUCCCGCUAUUCCCACCUCUCCUCCUGGACCUUCAUCUCCCCUCAGCUCCUUCAUGGCCUCUUCUUUACCUUUACGUCCUUCCUCAGCCACAGAGCGACACCCUUCCUCCUCCUCCUCUUCCUCCUCUUCCUCCUCCUCCUCCUCCAACUCCUUCUCUUCAUCCUAUCCUUUCAGUCCCGCCUCGAUCUCACAACGACGUCGUAGCACUUCCUCCUCCUCCUCCUCCUCCUCCACCUCGGCGUAUGGCGCAGGGCUGGCUCUUUCCUCCCCUGCGUGCAACACUGGCGAGGACGACCAUGAAAGUACAUUCAUAUUCCCGCCUAAGAUUUCCCGCCUCGGCAGCAUCUACAGCAACCUCGGCCGCUCCUGCAGCGACCCCGACUCCCCCAGUGCGGAGAGAGAUAAGAAUUCUCGCAGGAGUUUGCAAAAAGAUUUGCCUCCAGGCGGUGAGGAGAAAACUGUUUCUCCUGAGGGUUUACAUGAAGGAAUACCUCAGGGCGAGACAUCUCCGUAUAAGGAACAACAGACAGAGGUUAGAGAGUCUGAGUCGGACGAGACAAAGACAGGCGAGGAGAGAGGCAUGCUGCGACCCUCCUCUCAUUCCGCCAGGAUCCUGCCUAGACCUACGGGGAUGAGCGGGACUCAAGCUGAGCUGGAGCAGCCCCAAUCAAGACCCAACGAGACUGCUGCGGAGGAUGUCAUAGAAAGCGAGACCAACGUAAUAAACGAAAACCAAACCUCCAGGUUGAAUCUUGAGACGGAAGAGACAGAUGGAAACGCGGUGAUCAAAAUAACGGAUCCUUGGCCCGCCAGACCCAAGGAUGAUACGGGCAAGGAAGAGGACAUAAAGAAGAUUCCCCCUGCGAAGCCCCCGAGAUUAGGAAACAAAGCAAGGAAUAGCGAGGGUGCGGCGAGUAGCAAUGAGGACCAAGUGCAGUACAGAACCACAAACAAGGAACAAGACAUUAGCCUGAAGAAAAGCGCUUCCCUGAACAAUAUCCUUGAGAGCAGUAUUGAGGGGUCUCCGGAGGUCAAGGGCGCGAGGUUUACAGAAAAUUCUGCGGAAGGGGUCAGGGUCAGUGCAGGGAUUCUGGAGACUCCACUACCGAGGUUCUGGAGGGGCAAGGAGAGGACGAGACACAUCGGGAAACUAAAGGAGUUCAAGACAGCCAAGGCCAAGCUGCUGUCCAGAAAGCCUCCCAUUGCCCCGCACCACGAGCAUCAGAAACUGAUUCGCAACGCCAGUUCGUCGAGGAUCACGUUCAGGGACUCGGAGGCGCAGGUAUCAUUAUCAUCGUCAGCAGCAGCAGCGACGAAAACAGAACCUCAGGCUAAGAGUGGGCACGAGAGUCAGCCGCCCAACAAGCCUCCGAGGAAGAUUCUUAAGGACACUCUUGGCUCCGGAUCAAUCGAAAGGACCCAGGCGAUAUGCGAGCCCCACGGUGCCGCACUCAACUUUUACUGCGCCAAGUGCCGCGUGGUGGUGUGUCGCGACUGCACGGUGGUGGCGCACAGUCAGACUCAAAACCACAAGGUCCUCGACACCCUGGACGCCCUGGCCACCCUGCGCUCCGAGGCCGUGGCGCUCCUGAGGCACUACACCAUCUUGAGCACCAUGCACGCCACGCUCAAGGACAUCUACCACAAGUUUGCGUCGCAGCACCCGGAGAUGGACACGGAGGCGAUAGGUCAUCGGCUGGAGGAGGGGCGGUACCUGGCGGAGGUGGUGAAGGAUGUGGAGGACGUGGUGAGCAGCUGGACCAACAUCUUCGAGAUCAGGCAACAGCUGGGCCAGUGGGAGGCGCGGCAGCAGGACUGGGGCGACCUGGUGUUCCUGGCGUCCCGCUGCGCCCUGCUGGCUGACAUGCACGUUCCCUCAGACACGGUGUAUCUCAAGAUGGGAAACUGGGUGAUGCCUACCCAUUGGAUCCAGUUAAGUCACCUCCUCCAACCUUACCUGGGCGCCGGAACAACCUCCAAAACCUCUUCCAAUACCACUGCCAUUACCUCCUCCUCCUCCUCCUCCUCCUCCUCCCCGUCCCCUUCAUCCAUGCAACCCAGCGGCAAAACACAUCGCAAAGUGCUUGAGUCGCCUUCCCCUAAGCCGAGGCGGAGCGCGAGUCCCUUCGGCGCGGCCUCCAACACGGGCGGCACCGACCAGCCCUUCCCCUUCAACGCCCGCCAGGUGGUGCUGUCCAACCUGGUGCCCUACAUCAUCCUCAACCCGGUCAUCAGGUACUUCGUGCACGUCGAGGGGCCGCGCGAAGUGGAAGUGACGCUGGUGGUGAUGCCCGUCGAGGAGCACGCGGAGGACUACCUGAAGCGCCGCCGCAACAACGCCACAAAGUCGCCGGCGCUGCUGCGUCGGAGCCACUACCGCCCACAAAUCGACGCCAUCACGAUGGUGGAGCAACAGAUGACAUGCGGCGCAGUCAAGACCCGCAUCACUGCCUCCGCAAUGUCCGUCUGCCCCUCCGCCGCCCCCGCCAUCGUCAAGGUCAGCUUCUCUGACGUGAAAGUUGUGUCGGAUGGGCAUGGCCUCCCGGCGGCCAAGGGCGGGCUGAAGCGUGGAGACGUUAUCGUCGACCAGAACGCGAGUGGGAAGGCCAUGCUGACGGUGGUGGUCCGGGACAUCGGAGACUUCCCUGCCCUCCGCCUGGGCCGCGUCACCUCCGGCAUGGACGGACUCAUUUGCCUCGUCACCACCGAAGACUCGCGGCGGGUGGAGUCCAGCGGCCUGCGGGCCAAGUUCAAGGCAACGGUGAAACGCGAGGAGGAGGCCGUGUACAACGUGGUGUUCGGCAUGAACCUGUGAGGGCACACACACACACACACACACACACACACACACACACACAAACAAAAACACAAACACGCACAAAAAACACAAACAAACUCUCUCUCUCUCUCUCUCUCUCUCUCUCUCUCUCUCUCUCUCUCUCUCUCUCUCUCUCUCUCUCUCUCUCUCGU